CCUAAUCCCUAGAAGAAGGACUAUUCUAUUAUCCUUCAUCUAUUCUAUUAUACUCGCUACAUUUGACUUUUUACAUGCUACAUAUGACUUUUUAUGCAAUUCAAUGUGUUAUUUUAAUCAUUUAUAUAUUGAACUAUACAGCCGCAAGAUAUAAAAUUAGCUUGAACGAUAAAUAGUGCCGAUAAUACUAAUACAGCAAAUAUUUCAGAACGGAGGAAGCAUAAAACAGAAAACUUCUUUGAAUUACCCCCAAAUUGUGAUUUCUGUGACAGAAAACUUCUCUAAAUUACUCCCCAUUUGUCCUUUUUUUGUGCUUUCUAAUUCUGCAGAUGGAAAAUUUAAUAGCUCCUUUGAUAAGCUUUACUGACAGUCUACACAUCAGUAGCUAAAAGACUAAAUCAUUUCAGAAAAUUCAGCCAAAGGAUUCAGAACCUGAAAAGUAGGCUUGAUGAACUGAAACAUAUGAGAAAUGACUUGCAAAAAGAGAUUGAACAAACACAGUUAGAGGGUUAUAUGAGCACUGAACAAGCCCAAGGAUGGCUCAAAAAGGUGGAUCAGACACUAGUCGAGUCUUAUCGUAUGCUCGAACACCCUGUGGAACAAGCAAUUUGCAGUAGAAAAUACUCAGAAUACAGGCUGAGCAAGAAAGCUGAGCGAAAGGAACGAGAAAUCAGUCAGCUGAUCCAUAUAAAGGCUAAUCUGGCUGUCCUUGUUCGUGGCUCACUGCGUAUCCAUCCAAUCCCAUGUGGACCCACUGUUGGGAUGAAUGAUGCACUAGAGAUGGCAAUGGAAACUAUUGCAGAUGAUGAAGCUCGAAUAAUUGGGAUUUAUGGGACGGGUGGUGUAGGAAAGACUACCUUGUUGAAACCUAUUAAAAAUGAGUAUUUGUGUAGAACAAAUGAGUUUGAGGCUGUGAUUUGGAUUACUGUCUCUAGAGAUUUCAAUCUCGAGAGGAUACAACGUUGUGAUCUGAGAUUGGGAUUAUCGUUCGAUGCAAACGACUCCCAAGAGGUACUUACUUCGAGAAUAUGUGAGUUUUUGAUGAGGAUCAAGUUCUUACUCUUGCUCGAUGAUGUGUGGAGAAGUAUUGAUCUCGAAAGUAUUGGGAUCCCUUUGCCGGAUUCUAGGAACAAAUCCAAAGUGGUGCUCACAGCUCGCUCGGAGGAUGUGUGUAGUUACAUGGAUGCAAACAAGAAGCUGAAGGUUGAUUUCUUGAACGAAGAGAAUACGUGGAGUCUUUUUUGCCAAAAGCUUGGUGGGGUCGAGAUUUUGAGCUCAGACUUAAAGCCUUAUGCUGAAGAAAUCGUCAAAAAAUGUGGGGGUCUUCCACUAGCCCUUAUAACUGUUGGACGGGCCAUGGCCUAUAGGAAGUCCGAGGAAGAAUGGAAGUAUGCACUAGAAGUACUCAAUAAUGCUCCAUCUGAAUUCGAAGGUAUGGAAGAUGUUUUUAGUUUACUGAAGUUUAGCGUUGAUAACCUACAUGAUGAUACAUUAAAGAAGUGCUUUUUAUAUUGUGCAUUAUUCCCUGAGGAAUAUCCUCUCGAGAUAGAACAACUUAUAGACUAUUGGAUCGGAGAAGGAUUUUUAGACGGAUUAAAUGAAAACAGCCUCCGUAACAAGGGGCACACAUUCGUUGGUUCUUUGAAGGUUGCGUGCUUGCUAGAAAACAGAGAAGAUAGCACCCAAUUGAAGAUGCAUGACAUUGUUCGAAGCUUUGCCUUGUGGGUACUUACCAAAAAAGGAAAGAAAAAGGAUAAGAUGGUAGUACAAGGGUGUAAUGGAUUAUAUGAGUUACCAGGUGUGAAGUGGAAAAAGGCCGAGAGGAUUUCCUUGUUGGGUAAUGAACUCACCACGCUAUCAGGAACGCCUGUUUGCCCACAUUCAUGCACAUUGUUGCUCCAUUGGAAUCGUCGUUUGAGCAAAAUAUGUACUGAUUUUUUCCUUCAUAUGCCUGCCCUUAAAGUGCUCGAUUUAUCUGUUACAAGCAUCACACAAAUUCCAAGGAGUAUCGGUGAAUCAGUCGAAUUAUGUUACCAUGAUCUAUCGAGGACUAAGAUAAUCGAGCUCCCCCAAGAGUUAGGUUGUCUAUCAAAGUUAACGUACUUGGAUUUACAGCGAACUGAUUCACUGAGAAAAAUCCCGAGAGAUGCAAUAUUAUGACUUCAAAACCUCAGGGUUCUAAAUUUGUAUU